UACACUCCAACCUUCUACAUCAAAAAAUUAAAAAUUGUUUUUGUUUAUGUUUUGAGUUUACUUUUCGAAUUUUGUAUUUUGUGAUGUGAUUUUCGAAUCAUGGCUACAAACCAAAGAGCUUUUACUCAAAAGCUAACAAAGCAUCAUGCUGCUGACGUUAGAAAAACUGUUUCCAAUAAAACAGGAUUGAUUUCUCCUUCAUCCAGUUCUAGUUGGACACACGAAAUAGUAGAACCUCUAGACUUUGAAGAAUUUGUAGGAGCUUAUCAGCUAGUAAUAGACAGAGACCCAUUAAGAUGCAUUCUAGACGUUCCACAAGGAGACGUGCAAGUGGACAUUAUAGAAAGGCCUGUGAGGACUUUAAAGCACAUCCUUCCAGAAGAAAAAAUUGAAACUCUGGCUCCUCAUGUACAAGCUUGUGUAGAAUGCUAUAAAUCCGUAUGGAAAGUUAUCAGGUACACUCACAGGCAGUUGAGCAGCAGCACCACUAGCAGAUUGAAUUUAUCUAAAACUUUGCCACCCAGCCCUAAGCAAGAAUUUGAAGUUGAUUUUCAAGCACCUUCAGAAACAACUAGUGAAUUAGAUCUGACCUCACAAGGUACGGGCAGCAGCCGCCAAAGCAUAGUCUCCAUAGGUUCUCUAUCUUCAUGCGGAGACACUCUAACACCGAGAAACUCGUGGGCAUCUCUAGAUUUAAGACACUCUGCCGGAGACGCUCUGAUUCCAGAAAUUUUGGAACAGUCCAUUCUAGAAUCGCAAGAUCAAGUGAACGAAAGCCAGAGGCAAAUCGAACGCCAGGAAACUGUUUUCGCUCUCGUCCCUCAAGAUUUUCAAACUGAAAUUCAGGAACCGGUCGAGAAGAGGUUGCCUGCUAACGCUCCUAGUGAACAUCUAGGGCAUAGGGUUUUGGUUAAAUGUCAACAACUAACGAUGGAUAUUGAAGUGGAACCUUUAUUCGCAUCCAUGGCUCUCUACGACUCCAAAGAAAAAAAGAAAGUUUCUGAAACCUUUUACUUUGAUGUGAAUCCAGAAGGUUUGAAAAGAAUGCUGGGAGGUCAUGUGGCCUAUGCCGAUCCCAGUACCUUGGCUAGAAGUUGCAUUUUCAAUAUAACACAUCCUUCACCUGAUCUUUUUAUUGUUGUUAGACUCGAAAAAGUACUUCAAGGCGAUAUAAAUGAGUGCGUAGAACCAUAUUUAAAGGAAGAAAAGAAUCGUGACAAAUUAAAAUCAAUAGCAGUCUCUGUAUGUGAAAGAUUAGGUAAAUAUCGGCAAGCUUUUGCCUGGACAGCAAUUAAUUUGGUUAAUAUUACUAAUGGAGGCAAUUCUCUGGAAAGAGAAUUUGAUAGAGAUUCUACUGGAACUGGUUCCAAUACCAAUAGUUUAGAUCGCAAAUCUUCAAGUAGCGGUUUAGAUCAACUUCGUCGUAAAGCCACAGACAUGGGCACUUUAACCCGAAGAGGCUCCUUGGAAAGAAAAGACAAAUGUCGUUCCUGGUCGCCUGAUCACCUUGCAACAAACUUGGACACUUUUAGACCAAUAACAUUAACGAUGUCGUCGUUUUUCAAGCAAGAAGGCGACAAAUUACGCGACGACGACUUGUACAAGUGCUUACAAGAACUCAAAAGACCCACGCUUGUUUUGAAAAAGCUAAAAUGCAUUCCUGCAACUUUUAAGUUGGAAAUUUCACCUUGCCCUCCUGAGUUGAAAAACUGUCUGACUACCGAAUUGGCCAAGCUGCAUCCAUAUCCAGAUGACAAAAGCAGGCCAACUAAAGAACUUUUAGAGUUUCCGGUCAAGGAAAUUCUAGUUCCGCAUUAUAUUUAUAGAAAUUUGCUUUUCGUUAGUCCCAAGGACCUGAAUUUUUCCAAUAGAAACGGAUCAGCGAGGAACUUGGCUGUGAAAAUUCAACUAAUGGCUGGCGAAAGCGAUACUCAUUGUUUGCCCAACAUAUUUGGAAAAUCCAGCUGCCCAGAAAUGGCCGCAGAAGUGUUUUCAGCUGUAACUUAUCAUUCCAAAAACCCAGUUUUCUAUGACGAGUUCAAGAUUAAAUUGCCAGCUUCGUUGGCCGACAAUCAUCAUUUAUUGUUCACGUUUUAUCAUAUUUCUUGUCAGAAAAAAGUCGAACAGAAUGUUGUGGAGACUCCUGUAGGAUACACUUGGUUACCUCUCCUCAGAGAUGGUCGUCUAGUCUCAGGCGAAUUUUGCCUACCAGUAAUGCUAGAACCUCCACCUCGCAACUACAGCUACAUUCCUCCAGACGUAUUUUUACCCGGAAUGAAAUGGCUAGAUAGUCACAAAGGCCUUUUCACUGUCAUUUUAGAUACAGCUUCUUCUGUGCACACCCACGAUCCACCCAUAGAACGCUUCUUUGCUGCUUACGAUUACGUCAAUACUGGUCUUAUACCUACUCGCUUAGGAGAAGUUGGAUCUGAGAAAGAGUUAACUACUUCAAUGUUGGGCUUGGCAGGAGCUCGCCCUGAAACCAUCGUUAAACAUUUACCCCAAAUUUUCGAUAGCCUAAUUGAGCUAUUAGUGCAACCACCUCGUAUUUCAGGUCAUAUGAUUAAUGUAGGCUCGACAUGUUUUGAAACACUUUGCCUCCUGCUAGAAAACAUUUCAAAUCUUCAAGAAUUAGCAUCUGACCAGCACGGCCGCAAUUCCUUAUUAGCCACCUACAUUCAAUAUCAAUGCAAUAUCCCACAUCCAUCAACAGGUGGUACUCGCGGUUCUCCUUCCUGGGAAACCAGUGGGUUGGUUAGAAGCAACUCAAAUCCUGACUUGGAAGUAUCUCACUAUCAACCUAGAGGCUUGGAUAGAGCUGCCAGCAUGCGAGUACCUACAAAUGAACCUCCUGUUAGUCCCAGUUUCAAUUCUUGUCCGAGAAUCGUCCAUCAAGAGUUAGCCUAUCAAUGGACAAUAACUAGCGGCCGUAACAAGGAUUUAGCCAUGCAAAAUGCUUGGUUCUUAUUUGAGUUGAUGAUUAAAAGCAUGGUGGAGCAUUUGGCACAUACUAGAAGCUUGGACGCUCCCAGGAAAAUUAGAUUUCCCGAUCAAUUUUUGGACGAUAUUUCUUCUUUGGUGCAAUAUGUCACUAUGGAAAUUAUAGGGCACUCUGCAGGAGAAAUUCGUAAAGCUCACAAGUUGAACGCCGCUUUGGCGUUUUUCUUUUUCGAUUUGUUAUCUAUUGCUGACAGGGGAUGGGUCUUGCAACUCUUAAGGAGCUACAUCAAAGAUAUACAAACAAAAAUCUCUUCAAAUGCUGAUGGAAGUAUUUUAGUUGAGCUGAAAUUGGAAUUUGCUAGGAUUAUAUGCAGUCACGAGCAUUAUGUUGCUUUGAAUUUGCCAUUUUCUUCACCGUUUAUGUCGUCUGCGGCUAGUGUUUCACCUAGUCCAAGUGUUACUAGUUCGACUAGUCAAAAUUCGUUUUUGUCAGGGGCCCCGCCCAGUCAGGAACGUGUUAAUACUUUUGCCGAGCUAUCGCCAGAAUAUAGGCAACAUCAUUAUCUAGCCGGGAUGAUUUUAGGAGAUUUGGCCACUGUCUUAUUAGAAACACAUUUACCAUCUCUUCACCUUAAAGCAGUGGAUACUAUUAAAUCUUUGCUGUCCUGGCACGACAGCGACCCGCGCUACUUGUCUCCAGAAGCCCGCCAUCGUGUGGCUGCCUUAUAUUUUCCCUUAUUGUCCAUUGCCAUGGACGUGUUGCCAUUGCUGCACAGUUUUUCUGCUGACAAAAAUGACAGUAGAUUCACCCACGACGAUCUCGGCCCUACCAAUAUUAAUCCUAAUGUCGCUAUGGUUAUAGCUGGCAAAUUGCCACAUUCUACUUGUGAUUCAUUCCAAACGUUACAAAAUCGUAAAGGUAUAAGUGCAGAGGCCACCCGCAACCUCCUCACCUGCGUCCUCUGGACCCUAAAAAAUGUGGAACGUGAGUCCUUGUCUCAGUGGAUGAGCGAGCUGAGUUCUAGCAGACUGGCGACCCUUCUGCACCUGCUCGAUGCCUGUACUAGCUGCUUUGAGUAUCGUCCGAGACGUAGAGCACCACCUUCUUCAGGCUACGCCCACGCGCAAGUCACUCAAGACAUGAGGUCCAGGCUCGAGGACAUUAUUUUGGGACAAGGCUCGGCUAGAGAGAUGAUGCAACGCAGAAAAGGUGGCACUCCUCAAGCUGCAACUGAGAAACUCAGAUGGCGCAAAGAGCAAAUGACUUAUAGAGUUAGUACUGAUUUACAAGAAAGGCCUAGAGAUGAUACUUAUCACGAUGCCCAUUUGGAUGGUCACUUUGCCACUGAGGCUUCGUUUAUUAUUUUGGACUCGUUGGAAAGAUCUGUUUCAACUAUAGCACAACUGGACACGCAACAGCAUUUAGUAGGACUAGCUUUAUCAGUCUUGUUGCAUGCUUUAGGUAAAAACCAAAGCACCACGGUAUUGCCUCACAUGUUUGCCUCACAAAGGAGCUUGGUUUUUAAGUUUCACAGUGCGCUGUUUGACGAGGAAAGUUCACAUUGUGCAGAUUUGUGCCUAUUAUUGCUAAAACACUGUGGAUCUCAAAUAGCAGCCGUCAGAUCUCAAUCUGCCGCUUCAUUGUACCUACUCAUGAGACAAACGUUUCAAAUUGGUAAUAAUUUUGCCAGAGUUAAAAUGCAGGUUACAAUGUCUUUGAGUAGCCUAGUAGGUACUUCUUCGUCGUUUAGUGAUGAUUCCCUGAGAAGAUCCUUGAAAACCAUUUUGGAAUAUGGCGAAAGAGACUUGGAGCUGCAAGAGACCACUUUUCCAGAGCAAGUCAGAGACUUGGUGUUCAAUUUGCACAUGAUUUUAUCUGACACAGUUAAAAUGAAGGAGUUCCAAGAGGAUCCGGAAAUGUUGUUGGAUUUAAUGUACAGAAUUGCGAAGGGCUAUCAAAAUUCACCGGAUUUAAGGUUGACUUGGUUAGCGAAUAUGGCUCAAAAACAUAUGGAGAGAGGUAAUCACACCGAGGCUGGUAUGUGUCUGGUGCAUUCUGCGGCACUGGUUGCUGAAUAUUUGGCUAUGUUGGAAUCUUUACCUUAUUUACCAGCUGGAGCUGCUGCUUUAGAAAAGGUGAGUCCAAACGUUUUGGAAGAAAGCGCCGUCUCAGAUGACGUCCUCAGUCCAGAGAGAGAAGGCGGAUGCUUGGGAUCUCAUUUUACCGAGGCCGGUUUGUUAGGCUUGUUAGAACAUGCAGCUAGUAGCUUUCAAGUAGCUGCUAUGUACGAGCCGAUGAACGAUAUUUACCGAGUUCUCAUCCCUAUAGCUGAGAAUAACAGGGAUUUUAAAAAACUUUCUAAUAUUCACGGGAAACUGCACGAUGCUUAUACCCGGAUCGAUCAGUUGCAAGGCAAAAGGAUGUUUGGAACCUACUUCCGAGUCGGUUUUUACGGUUCCAAAUUUGGCGAUUUAGAUAAGGAAGAGUUUGUUUAUAAAGAACCUACUUUAACCAAGCUGCCUGAAAUUUUCAGCAGGCUCGAGAAUUUCUAUGCGGAACGGUUUGGUGCUGAAAACGUUUGCAUCAUCAAAGAUUCGAAUAUUGUAGACUUAAAUUCCUUAGACCCAGACAAAGCUUACAUACAAAUUACUUAUGUUGAACCAUAUUUUGAGCAAUUUGAGUUGAGGUAUCGGCAAACGCACUUUGAUAGAAAUUUCAAUAUUAAGAAAUUUGUUUAUGCAACUCCUUUCACCAUGACUGGCAAGGCUCAUGGUGAACUAAAAGAUCAAUACAAAAGAAAAACCAUUUUAACUACUUCAGUGCAUUUUCCAUAUGUAAAAACUCGAAUACAAGUUGUGGCAAGGAUUCAAAUAACUCUAACACCAAUCGAAGUGGCCAUUGAAGAUAUCCAAAAGAAAACAACAGAACUAGCUAUUGCAACUCAACAAGAACCGCCAGACCCAAAAAUACUACAAAUGGUACUUCAAGGUUGUAUUGGUACCACCGUAAAUCAAGGGCCUUUAGAGAUGGCUCAGACUUUUUUGCCUGGCGAUGGAAAACCACUCACUAAGCAUCAGAACAAGCUCAGAUUGUGUUUUAAAGAUUUUUCAAAGAAGUGUUGUGACGCAUUGAAAAAGAAUAAGAACCUUAUUGGGCCAGACCAAAGAGAUUACCAAAGAGAAUUGGAUAGGAACUAUAAGAAGUUUAUUGAAAAAUUACAGCCUUUAGUGAACCCGCAAAAUAUUACUAUUGUCAAUACUAGCCCUAAUAAAUUUUCCAAUGCACCAGAAACUUCCCUGCUUAGGUGGUAAAUGACCAGCAAUAUUUCAUUAUAAGAUAUUUUAGACUCUUUAGGAAUAGGCUUAAUUAUUUAUUCAAACUUUUUUAUAGUAUGCUUUUAUAUGUAAGUGCAAAAUAUUAUAUAUUACCUAGCGAUUGCCGAGAGAGAAAUUAAAUUAAAUA